AUGCCAUCCAAGUCCCGAGGACUGAGAACCUCUACCGGCUGUUUAACGUGUCGUAAGCGGCGUGUGAAGUGCGAUGAGACCCUGCCACGCUGCAAGAAUUGCGAUAGGGUGGGACGGGACUGUGCAUAUCCCGAGAAGCCAACUGUUCCCCAAAGGUCACGAACUCUGAGUGCACGCGAGGCUAGCGAGGUGCCAGCCAAGCCAACUGUAGCACACCCCAGUGCUUCAUUGACGAGCCAUGUUAAUAAUUCCGAUAUCAUCUCAAGGCCGGAGCCUGAAAAUGCUGUUAUCGAUCCCGCGCCAUCGUAUCCGUCUUUCUCGCUUGCGCCGCGGGAGGUUCCCGUCAACACUCUCCUUGACGACAAUUUCUUCUUGAACGAUAACCUGUUCGCAUUUGACGACUCGCUAACGCCCAAUCUUGGUCCGGUUGAAUGGUAUGAUCUCUUAGCAGAGGACGCCAUCAAUAGCAUGCAGGGACAGAGCAGCCGCUGGGAUUUCGACAUUACGACUCUCUCGCGAAGACAGUCGCCCAGGCAAUCCGUUGCUCCAGAGACUGUCGGCACCUCAUUUGAUGGACAGGAAGCUCAACCCCUACCUGUACUCCAUAAGCAUUGGAACACCGAAAGCGCCCUUGAACUCACACAAGAUGAGGCUGUGUACUACAGACAUUUCAUAAACGUAGUCGCACCAGUGCUGGACCUCUUUGACCAUGAGAGGCAUUUUGCUAAUAUCGUCCCUCAUCUCGCUCUGCGCAACGUUGGGUUAUUGAAGUCCAUUCUCGCGGUUGGUGCAUGUCAUAUGACUAUCGUUCACCACCCAUCCGAGCUUGGAGAAGCUGCAUCAUUUCUGCCGGGAACACCGGCGUCAGGCGCAAGUGCGACGACAAAUACACGAAGGAUCGCGGGACAAUACUACUAUGAAACACUUCAGUAUCUCUCUCAGCAUCUAUUGUAUCAGGCUUACACCACCUCACACGAACUUCUUUCCACGGCUGUCAUGAUCAGUAUAUACGAGAUGUUCAGCACGGUCAACGACUCCAAUCAUAGUAACUGGGACCGGCAUUUGCGUGGUGCUUUCUGGAUCCAGAAGAAUAGUGGUGUUAGUGGCGAGUCUGCGGAUAGCCUACAUCGCGCAAUAUGGUGGGCGUGGCUCCGUCAAGACGUAUGGGCCGCUUUCCGUACCGGUCGGCCGACUCUCACAAUACACCAACCACGUACACCCAUCUCAGCUUUGACUCCUGAUGGGCUAGCGACAAGGAUCAUCUAUAUUGCCGCAAAGUGUGUGCAGUUUGCAGCGACUCCCAAGGAGGGCGAUAUUGCUGCGUACAUCGAAGCUGGCGAAACUUUGAUGCGCAUGCUUGAUCUUUGGAAGAGGUCAUUGCCUGCCUCAUUUGAGCCGAUCGGCAUCGCGCCUUCAACAAUGGACAGCGAUCAGAUAUCACCAAUUUGGAUACACCCACCUGCGCAUGCUGCAGCCAUUCAGAUGUACCACUUCGCACGCAUCAUCAUGAUACUGAACCAGCCUUCUACGGGCGGACUAAGUACAUAUCAGACACGCUUCAAGCAAAUGAGAGAAAGUACGAUGACUACAUGUGGAAUUGCUAUCGCACAGCAAUCUCAAAAUUUGCCGAGCGCUUUUGUAAGCUUCCAGGCAGUAUACGCAGCUGCUUUGUGCGCCGAAACUCAGGAUCGGCAGAGUGAAGUUCUCGACGUGCUUGACAAGGUUCUCAGCAUCAGCAAGUUUCCGUCACGAUCUAUCCUGGAUGACCUCGUGAGUGUGUGGAACAACGCGAAAUGA